AUGCCGGCGAUACGACCGACUGCGGCCAUCCGCGCCGCCCGCGCUAUCAAGACUACUACUGUCGCUCCCUCCACGAGGGCCUUCUCUGUGACGGCCCGCCGUGCUGGUGGCGGCUCCGACUUCGACCCCCCUACCGGCUGGCUCUGGGGUGUUAAGCCCGGUGAGAAGUACGAGAAGGAGGGCUGGGAGCUCCCCUUUUACACUCUGUUCUGCGGAGGCAUCAUCGCCACUGGCGUUGUCCUCGCCUUCAAGCCCGAUACUUCGCUCGACACAUGGGCGCUUGAGGAGGCUAGAAGGAGAUUAGAAAAGGAGGGCAUUCUGCCAGACCCUGAGAAGUGA